UCCAGGAUGCACGAAAACGCAUAAAAGCAUAAGGCUAAUCAACAAUUCAUUGAUGACAACUUGUCCCUCAGCAAGUUAUGUUGGCAACCCUCUCUCUCCCAAAAAACCCUCGCUCAAAGAAAUUUCACAUGCAGGCUCUCAGUUUCAAUUCGCAAGCUAAGAGCCUGCUUUUCUUUUCUAGGCUUUGAUUUUCUGUUUUUUUCUCUCUCAAUCUAAUCUGGGAGUCUUUUUUUUUUGCCUCGAUUGGCAUCUUCUUUCGCUCGUUGCUGGUGCUUUUCUUCGCGGCUAUGAGCACUCUUGAUGAGACUGCCUCCGCAAGCAAGCGAGAGGCCGCUUCCUAUAGAUUAUACCCAUUCAGCAAUGGAUUAUAUUUGGCAAACUUGGCUGUGUCAUCAAAUAUUCUUAUAGAUUCAUGGAAUGCAAUAUCUGGACAUAGAGGGGAUAUCCUGGAACCAUCAUUAAGCACCAUCCAGACUACAAUAUCAUUGCCUUUGUCGGCUCACCGGUCACUACAAGUUAUCUUCAAGAAAAAAGCGGUUCGGUUCUUAUAUCGAAGUCUGACCCUGGCUUGCAGUUCCUACCCUCCGAUACUCAUCCAUCUAUUUCGAUGAAUGAAGCUGCUUUUGCUCUGUUUAACUCUCUUCGAGGCAAGUUCCCGGAACUACGAGAACAGGUAGGCCCUUUUAUCCAUUCUCUCGAGUUAUCAAUUACAGCUAGCAAUUAGUUGCCGUGAGCUAG